AUGCUACAGCGAGGCGUCUUGCUCCGAAAUGGCCGUCCAGUACUAGCUCGCAUAUCUUCCCUGAUCCCAAAACUCCUCUACGAGUCUCACGACUCAACGAUCAGAGGCCACUCGGGAUUCCUCCGGACCUACAAACAGGUCUUGCAAAAUUCCUACUGGCCAGGCGUCAAAGCCCGCGUCAAGGCAUACGUCGGUGAAUGCGGUGUAUAUUUUUCUAUAACAAGGCAGAAAAUCUGUCUUACCAGCUUACUCCAGCACCUUCCCAUUCCGGAAAAGAUCUGGGAGGAGCUCUUGAUGGACUUCAUUGAAGGCUUACCACUCGUUAGUAGAUUCAACACCAUCCUAGUUGUGGUUGACCGCCUGAGUAAGUACGCCUACUUCUCCGCCUUGAAACAUCCCUUCACUGUUGCAGAUGUCUCCCAAAUCUUCGUUCGAGAUGUGGUCAAACUCCACGGAGUACCGAAUACACUUUUAUCAGAUCGCGACUGGAUCUUCCUCAGCACCUUUUGGCAGGAGCUUUUUCGGCUUCAGGGUACCGUGCUACACCGCAGCACUUACCAUCCGCAGACCGACAGUCAAACGGAAGUGGUCAAUUGCGGUCUCGAAAUCUACCUACAAUGUGUCACAAGAGAUCACCCAUGACAGUGGCCCAAAUGGUUACCGUGUACAGAGUUGUGGUAUAACACUACCUUCAACUCCUCCACGGGGACCACACCAUUCCAAGCCAUUUUACGGCCGAGACCCCCGACCCUCAUCCGCUAUGAAGCUUCAGCACGCACAGAGGGAGUGGAUUAGUUGCUUCAUGAGCGAGACACAUGUCCCCACCAAUUAAAGUAACAUCUCUAGAACGCUCAGCUCAAAAUGAAGCAAUGGGCUGAUAAGAAGCGCCGCACCAUGGACUUCACCUCGGGCGAUUGGGUCUUCCUCCGCCUCCGCCAAUACCGUCUCGAGUCACUCGCACGGUGACCCUUCGAGAAGUUAGCGGCAUGGUAUUUCGGACCCUUCCGCAAACUGGACCGUAUUGGUGCUGUGGCCUACCCGCCUCAAGCUACCCCCACAGUCCCCCAUACAUCCCGUCUUCCAUGUCUCACAACUCAAACCAACUAAGGGCGGCCAGCAAUACAUCCACAACCUCUCUUACUCGACAAUGAGAACCAGUGGAAGGUCGAUCUACGGGAGGUCACCGCGACACGUCACACACCCCAAGGACUCGAGGUAUUGGUAAAAUGGCGUGACCUUCCCACAACGGAGUCAACCUGGGAACCAACCAAGAGAAUCUUCCACGCUUUUCUAGAGUUUCUCCUUGCAGACAAGGUGAAGCUUUUAGCGGGGAGUAUAAUAUGAUAGGUACCCUUAUUUGUCAACAAUAGUAGUCGGAUGGAUGAUAGCCUCUCGUCGUAUGUGAAAAAGAACACAGAGAGAGAUGGAGAACGAGGGGGAGAGAAUGAGAGGCAGGAAGACUAG